CUUUCUCUGCUAAGCUAAGCGCAACAUAAGCGCCACAUCCGAUGUCUUCACAAAUUGGGGCGGUUUUGGGAGCGUAAGAUGUGCUUAUGACCUUUGAACAAUGAGGGUAUUCUUCCUCAAAUCUUUUGAAAAGUGGGGCUCUGCUCUCUUAAAUGCGGAGAGGUGCCCACCUCCUUGAAUCUUUCUCUUUAUGCUGUCAAUUCGAUUGCGACGGGUAUCAUGAGAAACAUUCUUGCUUUGGUGGGCUUCACGGUGGUUCACGUGGUUGCUGCUCAAAGUCAGCAAGGCUCUGUUGAACAGCCAACCAUCACAGCACCCCAUAAGAACCCAUGGGCGACUCUCUCCGACGAGGAAUCUGCAAGCGUAGAAGCUCUCCUUCAGCAGCGACUCAAUUUGACCGGCAACCAAGGAAAUAUCCAAGACAGCUAUGUCUUCCAGAUAAAUCUCUUAGCGCCAAAUAAAUCUGAUAUCAUCCCAUUUCUGGAUAGCAAUUCCACCCAACUGUCGAGACACGCCAGGGCAACAAUUGUUUUCGGCGCCUCUGAUUCAUGGCAAGAAUACUUAGUGGGACCUUUGCCUGCGACCAACUCAACAAAGGCAAUACCAUUGACAUACCCAUUUCAUAACUCUCAGCCCGGAAAUACUAAGGUUCACCCGUUGUAUUACACUGCGGACGCCGUUCAAUUUCAAACUCAAUUUGGCACUGACAUUGAAGAUAUCACUAAGGAAUUGUGGAAUACAACAUUCGCUGAAGGAGGACUUGCGUUACGUCUCGGGACGCCAUUCUGGGAAGAAGAUGGCCGUGUCAUAGCAUGGGCUGCCCUAGUUUCUACACCACAGUCAGAGAUCAGCAGUCCCACUGUGCUUGCUCUCGGAGUCACAGUCAAAUUUGAUCUCACCGGCCGUGAGUGGGGAGGCUGGAAAGCAGUAGGCUGGUACUCUCGAGGCCAAUACUACGACAGUACAGAAGAAUUCCGGGAUGCAGUUUUCUCCGCAGGAUUCGACAAACCUCCCCCAAGCGUCGAUGGAGAAUGGGCGUCAACAGAUAAGCAUGGCGCUCCACUACCUCUUGACGACCUCUCACCCCCCAUAUCCGUGGCUCAAGAGAAACAGCGAUUUCAACUUGACGCAGCUGAGAACUAUAUAUCAUGGAUGGACUUCUCCUUCUUUUUUUCGACCUCAAAAGACCUGGGACUCUCGCUGUUUGAUAUCCAAUACAAAGGAAAACGGCUCUUCUACGAGCUGUCUCUCCAGGAAGCUCUGUCGCACUAUGCGGGCUCAGAUCCAUUCGCCUCGCAAGCAACUUUCCUCGACACAGGAGGAGGUAUGGGAACCACACUGGCUACGCUUGUCCGAGGCUACGACUGCCCCUUACAUGCAACCUAUCUGAACGCCACUUUCUCCGAAGGCACAGCCUCAAGAACACAAGCAGAUGCAAUUUGCAUCUUCGAAUACGAUGCCGGAUACCCCAUUCGCAGACACUUCUUCCCGCCGACGUACACAAGCGUUGCGAAGAAUAUCGUCUUCACUAUUCGGACUGUCGCCACUGUCGGCAACUACGACUUUCUGAUCGAAUACAACUUCUUCUACGAUGGUGCUAUCGAGGUGUCGGCUCGAGCUUCCGGCUAUAUAUCCGCUGCGUACUGGGAGAACAAUCCGGAGUAUGGAUUCCAUAUACACGACUACUUAUCCGGUUCCUUGCAUGAUCACGUCUUGAUGUUCAAAGCCGACCUUGAUAUACUGGGCGAUAAGAAUAGCUUGCAGAAGGUUGAGUUUACGCCGAUCAGCGUUGAGUACCCUUGGUCGAAAGGACGAGUGCACAAUACAAUGAAGGCCACCCGAGGCUUCAUUUCCGACGAGUCUGAUUCCAGCGUGAAGUGGGCAGACAACGACGCAGCCAUCUAUGCAAUCGUGAACAAGAACACCCCGAACCGCUUCGGGGAGUUUCCGGGCUACAGAUUCAAGCGAAGCGCUGGCACAUCACAUCUCACAGUUAAAAACUCGACCAACGUCCCCAAAGCCGCAAACUUCGCGACUCACGAUUUCUACAUCACAAAGCAGAAAGAUACCGAGCCACGAGCGACUGAUCCGAACAAUCAGUUUGCCCCCGAAGACCCACUUGUGGACUUCUCCAGGUUCCUUGACGGUGAAUCCAUCGAUCAAGAAGACAUUGUGUUAUGGUUCAACCUGGGUAUGCAUCACAUGCCCCACACAGGCGACUUGCCGAAUACCAUGUUCACAGCGGCGCAUACUGCUGUGAGGUUUGAGCCGCUGAACUACCUGGAAGGUGAUCCUUCGGUCGCUAGUAACCAACAGGUGCGAGUCACGUACAACGAGGAUGGAACUGAGGCUGGUAGAGAGGAGUUUGGCAAGGUUACUUCGUAGCAUGGUCAGGAGGAGCUAUGAUGGCGGAUAUGCGUAUACUGGAGCAAUAAUAAGAGUGAUGUACACAAUGGUUGGAUUGGAUCUU